AUGGCGCCGGAGCAGCAGCAUGCUGGUGGGACACAAGAGGAAGCUCCCCCGGCCUCGAUAACCGCUCAGGUCGCGGACGACUCCCAAGCAUCGGAUAACGACGGCGGAGAGCGCCCCGUUCGCAACAAGCUCAAGGAGACGUCCAUCACCUCGGUAUCCAAGGCCGACGACGACGCCGGCCCGCAGGAGGGGGAGACCAGUCGAGCUAGCAGCCGAGGCCGGAAACGGUCUUUCGAUGAGGAUCAACCCGAGAAGAUGGAUGAGGACUCGGGUCAUCGACGGAAGAGAUCGCGAGACUCGAAUACAGAGGAGGAUGAGGAGAGCAAUGUCGCCGCCGUCGACGCUCCGUCGCAGUCGACGGAGGACCUCUCACGCAAGAUUCUGAGUCCGAAGAAGAAGCGGAGUCGCGACCAGCUAGAUAAGGACGAGGCCAAGCCGGCGGAAACCACGGAACCCGUCGAUCAAUCCACUACUACUGAAAAGGAGGUUGCGACGGAGAAGUCGGCUGCAGAGGGAGAACCUGAGAAGAAAAGACAUCGGGACGAUUCGCAGGAGCGGGAGAAAGCCUCAAUCCCUAGUGGUUUUGCCAACACUUCGGCCGUGUCACCUUUCGGGGUCUUGGGUGCAAGCAAGCAAGAGUCCUCAGACCCUAGCGCAGUCAAAUCAUCUUCGGCCUUUGCGGCGUCUAGCAUGGCGGCGUUCGCCAAGUCGGAACAAUCUCCUUUCGGCACCUUGGGUGGUGCGACUUCCUCCUCUAUCUUCAAAUCGUCGACGCCUUCAGACUCCAGCAAGCCCGCUGCUACUGGGUUUGCAGCUGCAGCCGGUGCGUCCGGCUUCGCGUCCCUGGGAUCUGGAUUCGCGGGAUUCAGUGGCGGCUUUGGAUCGGCAGCACCUGCUAAGAGUGCGCUCACGAGUUUCGCUUCUCCGGCGGUGCCCAGUGUGCUAGGCAGCUCGAAGCCUAGCGCGUUUGGGCAGCCUGAAGAAGAGGAGGCGAAGGAGGGAGAAGCAGAGGAGGCCGAUGCCGGUCCGGGCGAGUUCGAGCAGGACAAGACGGACGAGCGGUUCUUCGAGCGACCCAUCGAAACCGGCGAGGAGAAUGAGAAGACGUACUUCUCGUGCAAAGCGAAACUGUUCCAAUUCAGCAAUAAGGAGUGGAAGGAGCGCGGCAUCGGCACAUUCAAGGUCAACGUACGGCUGACGGACGGGGUGGAAGACAAGAAAGCGGCCCGGAUGAUCAUGCGUGCCGACGGCGUGUUGCGGGUGAUGCUGAACACGCCCAUCUUCAAGGGGAUGACGGUCGGCGAUGCUAAGGGCCAGGCGCCCAAGUCGAAGCAGAUCCAUCUUGCCAGUUUGGAGGAGGGCCGAUCGGUUCCGCUUCUAUUGCGGACGGGAAGCGAGGAAUUGGCUAAUGAGCUGUACAAUGUGGUGAAGGACUUGCAAUCGCAUCAGUGA